AUGUCUCAAAACAAGAAGCCCGUACGAAUAUACGAAUCGCCCAUGGGCACAAAGCGUCCAUUGAAGGUGAUAUUCGUGGGCAUGGGCGCGAGUGGCAUCAACUUUGCUCGUCAACUUUCGAGAAGGACUACAAACAUUGAACUUGUCAUCUACGAAAAGAAUGACCACGUCGGCGGAACAUGGUUCGAGAACCGAUACGAAGGCUGCGCUUGCGAUAUUCCGAGCGUAUGUUACCAAUUUACAUGGCAUCGCAAGCCAGACUGGUCGAGAUACUACUCCGGAUCCGAUGAGAUCUGCCAAUACCUUACCGACGUAGCCGACGAACACGGACUCAUGAAAUACGUCAAGAUGAACCACGAAGUAACUAAAGCCGAGUGGAUUCAGAGCUCUGGAAAAUGGAAGUUCACAAUCAAGGGCCCGGAGGGCGUCUUGGAAGACCACGCCGAUUUCUACAUUAACGGUGGUGGUGUCCUCAAUCGAUGGCGUUGGCCGGAGAUCAAAGGCCUGCAUGAUUUUAAAGGCAAGCUCAUGCACACUGCUCGUUGGGAUCGAUCGUGUGACUUGACGGGAAAGCGUGUUCUCAAUAUCGGGAUCGGGAGUUCCGGGGUACAAGUCAUACCGAAUAUCCUAGAAAGGGUCGAGAAGCUCCACGUAGUGGCGCGUUCACCUGUCUGGAUCACCAAUGGCUUUGCUCAGACAUGGGCUGCGAAGGACGGUGGCAACUUCUCUUACUCAGAAGAGGCAAAGGAGCGGUUCAGACAAGAUCCCACGUACUACCAAAAAUACUGCAAAGCUAUAGAGUCGGAACUCAAUGUCAGGUUCAAACUCAUCAUGAAUGGCAGUCCCGAAGCCAAAGCGGCCAAAGAAUUCUCUGUCAAUGAGAUGAGCAGAAAAUUGAAAGGCCGAGCGGACUUAAUCGAGCAACUGAUGCCCAAGGAUUUCAAUAUUGGAUGUCGAAGACCGACUCCUGGAAACGGGUUUCUGGAAGCUCUGACUGAGGAGAAGACACAAGUCCACUUUGGUGAAAUUGCAGAGAUCACGCCCAAUGGCUUUGUCAACGGAGAUGGAAAGGCCUACGAAGACAUCGAUGUCGUGAUCUGUGCUACCGGUUUCGAUACCUCCUUCAAGCCUCCAUUCGAAGUCACAUUCGACGGCAAAGACUUCGCAGAGCAACUUACAGGCGACAUGGUCGGCUAUCUCGGACUAGGUUAUCCCGACAUUCCAAAUUAUUUCGUCUUCAUCGGCGCCUACGGUCCACUAGGUCAUGGCUCGGUGCUGCCAAUGGUUGAGCACUAUACCGAUUAUGUAAUCCAGGUCCUGGAGAAGGUGCAGACUGAGAACAUCAAGCGUCUUCACGUGAAGCGAUCGGCUGCCGAAGACUUCACGCGAUACGCCGAUGAGUUUCUGACUCGCACUGCCUGGACUGGGCCUUGUAGCUCAUGGUUCCGCAACGGGAAGACUUCGAACAAGCCAGUCCUGUGGCCCGGGUCUCGCAUCCAUUACCUUUCCGUGUUGCAGCAGCCUCGCUAUGAGCAUUUCGAAUUUGAGUAUCUGGAUGGGUACAAUUCAUUCUCGUUUCUAGGCAACGGAUUUGCCACACGCGAACUGGACGGGCGCGAUCUGACCUGGUAUAUGGGAUUGCUUAAUGGGCGCACUGAUCAGCAGCCGCCGCCAUUUCACAUGGACGUCGAGGAUGGUGGAGGGCGGACCAGCAACGGGGAAGCAUCAGCGUCGUAA